GAUCAAACACAGUCAAUGAGAAAAGGGCUUGGAGCCGAAGGGACGCAGAGAUCUCAGGUAACCCCCCUCCUUCAAGUCUCCAAACAAGGACGGCGCGGAGAGAAGAAGGUGGAAGGAGGGAGAAAAGAGGAAGAGGACGAGGGCAACGAGGCGAGUUUUGAUGAAUAAGGAUUUAUUCGGAUACACGCCGUGGGGAUAUCUGGAGAAAAGGAGAAAAUCACUGCACGAAGACGGAGGACAAUUUUUCUUCAGCGCGUGAGGAGGAAUAAGUGCGCAUUUUCGGACAGAGAUGAAGACGAAAAAGGGUUUGAUGAUGCUUUCGGGGAGCGAGACCGACGACGAGGACAGCGUGGACGCCCCGCUGGACCUGUCGUCCAGCGCGGGAAGCGGCGGGAAGAGGAAACGGCGGGGGAAUCUGCCCAAAGAGUCCGUGCAGAUCCUCAGGGACUGGCUGUACGAGCACCGUUACAACGCUUACCCCUCGGAGCAGGAGAAAGCCCUGCUGUCCAAGCAGACUCAGCUCUCCACACUGCAGGUGUGCAACUGGUUCAUUAACGCGAGGCGGCGACUUCUUCCCGAGAUGCUGAGGAAAGAUGGCAAAGACCCCAACCAGUUCACCAUAUCCAGGAAGGGCAGCAAGGCGGGCGACAGCUUCUCUGACAGUUCGCAGUCCCCGAAGCACAGCAGCCCGGCGGCGGGCGCCGAGGAGAGCUACGACAAGCGCGUCCUGCACCCCUCCAGCUUCGAACCCGCCGUCCCCACCGUCCUGAGAAAGAUGGCGUCCCCAGCCGCAGCCUCCCCGCCCUCCACGUCCCCCUCCCCGGGGCUCAUGCCCACCCGGCCCUCCGUCAUCUGUCACACCACUGUCACCACGGCGAUGCAGGCCAGCCCGACCACCUCGCUCCCCGCCGCGCCGGGAAUGAACUGCGAAAAGGCGGCCGAGCUGCUGCAGGCCGUCCAGGCCCAGGCGCUGCUCAGGUGCCGGGACGAGGGGCCGGGAGGCAGCCAGCCGCCACCGGCCACGGCCACCGCCACCGCCGCCACCGCCACCACCAUCCUCGGCAGCACCAGCAUGGAAGGCAACUUGAGCCCCCGCAGCGGGCUGUUCAACACCCCUCCCCCCACCCCGCCAGACCUCACGCAGGACUUCAGCGGCUUCCAGCUGCUGGUGGAUGUGGCGCUGAAACGGGCCGCCGAGAUGGAGCUGCAGGCCAAACAGCUGGUCUCCUAAAGGAGAAAGUGACAGCGAGGAGGGAGCAGAGACGGACUUUUUUUUUUGUCUCCACUACGGAACUCCUCGGUUCAGUGACUCAUCCGCACGCAACAGAGAACAAAAACAACACACGAAAGCCUGAUCAUUUCUAUUUUUGGUAUACCAAUCAAAUUGAUGAGGAUGUUUUUUUAUUGAAAAGUAUCGAGGUGCCUUGGCUGUAAGUUGUUUAUUCAUUUCAUAUACAUAAGUAUGUAUCUACAUGUGUAUUUUAUUUGCACACAGGGACCAAAAAUGUUAUCAGAGAAAAUGCUGCCUGUCUUUAUGUCUUUCCAUUAUACUGUAGGAGUUUGUAGAGAACAGAGCAAAGAGCUAGAAUCAGUUCUCCGAUCAGAUUUAUUGGUCGCACCCACAGUUGUUUUAACAUUUCAGAGAUCAAGUUUGUGGUUGGUCUGCCUCGUUUGUUUGCACACUAAAGGCAGAGGAAGGUCAUCUCAGUGUCUUAAACAUACUUUGCUCCUGGCAUCUAUGACAAAUGUAUUCACUACUGUAGUAAAUGUUUGUGUUUUCAUAAGUAUAGUUUUGACUUUGUAAUUUACUUUUAGCGAUUUUAAAAGAAAAAAAAAACCUCUAUGCUUUUUCUUUUACGUUUUUUUUUUUUUUUUUUUUUACUUCCCCCUACCAAGGGAUAUAUUUCAGAUGACCAAUGUAGCAGGUUCGUAGUCCGAGCCUCCAUCCCAUCACUCAGCGAAAACGACGGCCAGUGGACUGGAAAAUUAAAACACUACAGAUGUCUUUUCUGCAUUUUUGCUGUUUUUUUAAACAACCAGACAAAGACAGCAUUUUUUUGAAAUCAC